AUGGUUGUGUUAGCAAGGGCUGCAGUUACCACGGCUCCAGUUCCAAUGUGUUCCACUAAAAAGCCAACUGUUGUUGGCCAACCUUCUAAAAGAUCCUCACCUGCCGGACAAACUCCUACUGCCCCAGUGCCCACGGGAAGAUCGGGUAGCACCGAUAGUAAUUCGACAACACAUACCGCCCCGUCUCUUCGUCAUUCUGCCGCCCAUGCGGUUUCCAAUGUCACUCCUCAACCGUCACCCACGAAUGUUGAUCGCAGUAGCAAACGCUCUCCGGCCCUUGUAACCUCUCAACCUUACAAACGAGAAUCCCCUCCUUCUCACGGCAAACCGCAGCCAUCCGGUCAUAAGAUAUCGCCCCGGAAUGUCGUAGUGGACUCAGUCGCUAAGGAAGAGAGAGCGGAGUCCCCUCGAGGAACUUUGCGCGUUACAGGACUGUCGGUGAAUGAUCCAGCCACCAAAUUAGGUCUUACUUUCAGUAGUACGUCCUCAGAUUCUUAUGGCGAUGCAGAAGUGCGACAAACUGCAAACACACUUGUGCAAGAUGUGUGGCGAGCCAUGGGUCAAAGCUUGGCGCAUCAGGCGCUGUCUAUCCCGGGGGCAGAUGAACGGAGUACGAGUCCGAACACCGGGGAAUCGAAAACAGGGUUAAGAGAGUCUGUUCAAACUGACGUUUCGGUGGGUUUGCAGAACACAGAUUCCGAAUCUGAUGCUAAAGAUGCGGAACAGCGGUUAUCUACGGGUGCCUGGUCGGCCGAUGCGGACAGACCAUCGAUUCCAGCCAGUCACACUGAAGCUCCAUCCAAAGUAUUGCACACUGUACAAGGCACCGAGGCUUCCGCUCUUCGUGAUGAAGCGUUACGGUUCCGAACAUCCGAUCAAGUACCUUCGGCAGCUACACCUCCGCGAGAUCCUACCAGCCUUACGUUGGAUCAUCAGAAUACCUGGGGCAAAGGAGUGUUCAAAGCGCUCGGUGGUUUUUUCACGACGAGCAAACCGCAAGAAACCUCUCACUUCUCCUCGGACGCGGAUGCGGAGUUUUUGGCAAAACCGCGCGAAGUCCGAUUUCCUUGGAGUGUACAUACAACCAGUACCAAAUCGGCCGAACAAGUGUUACAAAGCAUUAUCGAAGCCUUGGAGGUCACUCCUGGUUGUCGCUAUGCCUACGACACACACUUGCCGUACCUAGUCCGCUGUUCUUGGGCUGCUGACCGUCCAGCUAUACGGCCUUAUCCGAACGCAGCAUCAGAUGAAUCCCACCCACCCACAAUGCCCUCCAUGGUUCCUAGUGGCUUACACGAGGAUCCUGUACACUGGGAGAUGGAAGUUUGCCAAUUACCUCGGUUGCAUUUGCGGGGUGUUCGUUUGAAGCGAAUCCGCGGUUCCGCUCUUCAUUUCCGCCCAAUAGCAGACCUGGUCAUGAAAUCGCUCCGUUUGUGA